UCUUGAUGCAGAAGCCAUUUUGCUGUAAGUGGGAUAGAGAAGGAGGAGAGAGAGAGGAGACGAAAGGAGCGUAAACAGCUGUUAGUUUCGAGUCGUCGAGGUCGUUUCCACGUUGUGAAAAUAUCAUCUUCACUUGGAGUACAGUACAAACAGCCAGCCUGUAUUAAGCAACGAGCGUUCGCCAUCAAAACCCCGAGGAAGUCGACCAGUGGCUUCCCAGUGCGCCGUGUGCCGGGGUGAACUGAUGUUCAACUCGGCUUCACGACAAAACAUCGCUCGCUGGCACAUGAAAACCUCGGACACUGUGGGCCUAAAGCGUGCAGUGAGAAGUAGAGCUGCUACUUCGAGGACCUGGAGCCCUAUUGGGGAGGAGAAAUUAAGAAAUAAAGAUAUCUACGCAGUCAUCUUCAACACAAAGAGGUGACAUCCAGUGUGAGCAGUAUGGGAGGAGGUGAAAGAUACAACAUUCCAGCACUCGAUCCUGAUCACUCUUUGUCCAAAAAGAACCAACAGGUUGGCAGGGCCAAGCAAAGGAGCCGUAACCAAAAUGGAGGAGUGCUUGCAGCAUCCUCUGGAUCCCCGGCAGGGCCCCUCAUCCACGGCCAUCGCAGGAGCGACAAGGGUAGCGGUUAUUCGUGGUCUCCUGAGGCGCGGCAGGCCGUGUCCGCGGAGAAGAAUGGGUCAGUUCGUUUUGCCACACCGUACGACCAAAAUUGGGAGGGAGCCGUGUCUCAUCUGAACAACCUCUUGGCAGCUCAGUGUGGCCACAGUUAUGCAGGAGCCAAGUUCAGUGACCCCCCAUCGCCUAGCGUUCUGCCCAAACCUCCCAGCCACUGGGUGUCUCUACCCAUGGUUCCUUGCGAUCGCCGUGAGAUGAUGGCCUUUCAGUUAAAGAGCCUUCUUAAGGUUCAAGCGUGAAAAUGAACCUCAGUGCUAUGAGGCUCCACUUUGGCCUGUUGCCCUCCUGGAAAGCUGCUGAGCUGCAAUGCGUCUUUAUUUUUCAAAAAACAAAAAGCAGUUUUAAAUUUAUUUUAAGACGACCAUUUUACAGAUUUUUAAUUCGGAGCUCGUUUCCUAGACCUAGAUUAAGGUGAAAUCCUGGAGUUUCCAUUCAUAUGAAAUUUCAGCUGAGGUCUAGACUUAAUCUUCUUCUAAGAAGCUGACUCUAUGAGCUGGUUCCUGUGGCCAGGUUAAGCCUAAAUCUGGUCUAAAGGCUUUUUUUAGUGGUGACUCACCAUUUGUAUGCAGCUUUAGUCCAAGAUUAAGCUUAGUUUUGUCCAGAGAGCCAGCUCUUAUCCUCAGAGGUGUUGAGCUGUUGCAGCCUUGCAGGUGGGACAGCUCUGGUGGAGCCGUACGCCUUGGACGAUUUGAUGAACUGGAUAUCCUUCUCGUUUGUUUUGUUUUUUUUUUUUUAUUAUGGCCGUUAACGACUAUGCGGUUACACAUGGCUAGUUUAACUAUGCUUUGGUCUCUGAACAGUUUUAUUUUCCAAAUAGAGGCUUCUUGGGAGACCUUAGCAUGAGGUUUUAAUCAUGUCAGCUAUGCAGAAGCCUCUUGGUCCUAAAGCAUGUCAGGAUUUAUAGCCUACUGAUCAUUGGAUUAGAGGAUGCCUCAUCUCUGGUGUCUCUGUUUUUGGGGGUGAAGAAUAUGCUGCUUGACCUUGCUCUGAAGAUACCAGAGCAACUGAAUGUGGAAGAACAAGCUGUUGUGUUUCAAGACAGACUGAUGGGGUUAAUUGUGGCACACAGACCUUUUGUAUUUUCAACUCCUGUACUUUUUUAAAAUUGCGCUGUGCGCACUGCACUAUGGGUGUUGAAACUUCAACAUGGUUUGCAAGUCCCACUGUAGCAUAAGCCCUGUUGCGUUGGGUUAUCAAUCAUAAGUGUUUACUAGAGCAGUGUAGUUUUUAUUUUUUAUCACGUGGUCACAAGUGCCAUAUAUACCAUAGCAGGUAAAGCAUUAUGCUUAUUUCUUGGGAAAUGAUUCGUAUACAAUCAGUAAUAUUUAUUUUAAUAAGCUGAGCUCAACACUUCCCUGUACAACACGGACAUGGCAAAUUGCAGAGGAGGUCCAAGCUGCAGAGAUGCAGGGAUGUAGAUAUUGGGUUUUCCCAGGUCUUGCUUCAUGGCCUUGUUCGCUGUGCGCCGUGUUGUGAGAUGAUGGUGUCUUGUAGCACUGUGGGACACAAGUGUGGAAGUGUUUACGUUCUCCAAAAGAUAAGGUCUUAACCUGAAGCCUGCCAAAAUCAUACAGAUUCUUCCCUUUCAUACUUGAUGUCCACCUUGCACUGUUGUUAAAUGGUGUUCAGAAGUUGCAGACAGUGUUCUUCCUAUGGCCGGUAUGUAAUGUAACGACCCCCCCGCCUCCCCCCUGAGUUAUUUCUGCUUGUAAGCGUGUUAAACAGCGUGUGGAAGUGUUGGCACCUCUCUUGCGCAAGAGUAUUAACGGCCAUCUAACGGAAAGACAACAAAACAAAGCCAGAGACUCAGAUAUGUGACGGAGCUGUGUAAAUACUGAAAUGUAUAAACUAUUGUAGCAUAUUGUACAUUGUGCAGGGUCGUUUUAAACCUGCUGAUAAAGUAUUUUUAGUAAUAACACUGAAUGUAAGCCAUGCUGAAGACGUGGCUUGACGUUAAGAUGCUGAAAAUAUUUUUGUUUAAAAAAAAAUAAAAAUAAAAUAUUUGCCUACGGCACGUGGAAACCCCUGCACUGUGCGACCUCUGCCAGUGAUCUUGCACAUAAUGCGUUUAUUUUUUAUAAUGCACAGUAUAGAGGGAGAAAACCAGCUUUAAGUGCAAAUUUAAAAAAAAAAAAAAGAAAAUUAAAUUUAAAGUUUUAAAGCGACUUUACACCGCCACACAAUCUUAUUCCAAACAGACUACAGGUUAGGCACUUUUAUAUUAACGAUCAUUCUGGUGACUUUUUCCCACCAACUCUUUCUCUUCCCCAUAAUUUAAAUUUUCCCCAUUUGUUCACUGUUUUCACUUCAAUUCAACAUCUUUGUCUUUACCUCUUGCCAGGCAGCAGCUGUUUUGUGUCCAAGCCUCAGUCUUUCCUCUGCAGACUGAUGCUUUAGAUACAGCAUGCUGUACAUUUCCAGUUUCAUUUCUCUUCCUUGCACCAGUAUUUUUCUGAUUUGUGUGUGUUAAAGUCUAAAAUUAAUUGGGUUUUAAUUUGUCCCAACAUCAAGUGUCACUGUGAAAAAGAAAGUAUUUGCCCGUUUUAUUGUGAUUGACUUGUACUAAAGUUUAUGACAGCACUGUGUAAUUUGGCCUAAAAAAAAAAAAAACUAAUAAAUCCCCUUCCCUUCCCCCCCAAAA